CUUUAUCACAAUCAUCAGCAUUAGCUACUAGUCAACUAAGCAAUGGCGGCAGCUGCGCGUUCUUCUUCGAUAUUUCUCUCCUGCUCCUUGCUCCUGGCGCUGCUCCUCGCGUCCUCUCUCACGGAGAGCGUCAGUGGCGGUCAGCUUCAACCACGAGAGUGUCAGGGGAAAUGCGCUUAUCGAUGCUCGGCGACGUCGCACAAGAAGCCGUGCAUGUUCUUCUGCCUGAAGUGCUGCGCCAAGUGCCUGUGCGUGCCGCCGGGCACCUACGGCAACAAGGAGACCUGCGCCUGCUACAACAACUGGAAGACGCAGGAAGGCCGCCCCAAGUGUCCUUGAACAAGUUAUAACCAAAAGCAUUGGAGUUGAAGAUGGAGAAUUAAGAUCACCAUUAAGAUCCAAUUACUUAAUUUACCAUUUGGCUAAGUAUUCAUGAUAAACUUGGAACUUUUGUUUAAUUAAAAUGGUGAAUCCCUUCCGUGUUACCCUGCUGAAUUAAUUUAAACAAACUUCCAUGCA